CGGGGUUGUUUUAAAAAGCGAUGAACCGCGCCCGCAGCGCCUGCUCCGUCGUCGCGACGACCGCCGUCGUCGUCACCCUCAUCACGUGCGUGGCCAUCGCCAAGUCCCAAGGCAUCUACGUCGGCGGCCUCGCAUGGCCGUUCCUCUCCGACAUGGGCCGCGAUCCGCCCGCCUACUAUGUCUUUGUCGUCGGUCUCUGCCUCACGGCCGCGAGCCUCCUCUUCGUGUGGUUCUUCAACUACUGCUACCAGUCGUCUGCAAUGGCGUCGUCCGCCUCGGGCUGCCACAAGUGCCUCCGCGCCUUCGUCGCUGUCUGCGGUAUGCUCUCGGCGUUCGCGCUGCCGAUUCUGAGCAUUUGUGAUACCGCGCGGUUCCCCAGCGUGCACAAUGCAUCGGCGUAUGCGUUCUUCUGCCUCGAAGCCCUCGCCGUGCUCUGCAACACGGUGCUCACGUACCGCAUCUACCAGCAGCGCAAUGAAGACGAGCGCUACACGAUAGACGGCCUCGACCGCCAAGCGGUCGCCCGCGUGCGGCGCCAAGCCUGGGUGGCCCAGCGCACGGUCGCAGCGCUCUUCUUGGCUGCAUUUAUCGUGUACCUUCCCGUCGGCCUCGCACUGUCCUGCGAGUUUGAGCACCUGACGAUUGCAAAGUGCUUGGACCUCAAGCUCGGUGCCGACUAUUGCACGUCCACGAUGAUGCUCAACAGCACGUCCACCAAGCUAUGGGACUACAGCACGCCCGAGUGUACGUCCGUCCAUCAAAUGCGCGCGGGCGCCCAGCUCGCCUGCAUCCUCACGCUCGUGGGCUACUCGCUCACGUUCCUCUUCAACUACCAAGACAUGAAAAAGUAUGUCGAGGACGACCGGUCCGCGUACGCUGUCGCGGGGCCGUAG